CUUCCAUUAAAAAUACUGUUAUUCCUUUCAUAAGUGGCUUGUUUUCCAUGUCUCCUUUUUGUUAGUUACAAAUUUUGAGUGGUUAACCGUUCUAAGUCAAAGUAAUGAGAGCAUAUAAUUGUACGCUACCUCCUUGCGUUUUUACUUAGUCACAAAUUUCUUUUCGAAAGUCAAACUAUGUAAAUUUUGAUCAGCAUCUGUAAUUUUCAUCACAUUAAAAUAAUACAAAAUUAUAUAAAUAGUUUUAAAUAUCUAAUUUGGAUUUUCAAAGUAUUUUCGUAGGUGCUUCUUUGCUCAGGUACACGUUUCACAAUUAUUAUAUAUAAAUCAAUUUGAUGCUUUCAGAAAAAAAGAGAUAUUUCAUUACUUUGUUUAUGGACUUAGUCCCACGUGACAAAUGUUAAAGUUAAGUCGGAAAACACAACUGGGGAGAAAACAAAUCAAACACUUCAGAAUAAUAACUUUGUGAAUAUUUGACAUUUAAAUGUCAAAUAUAGUAUAUUUUUACUUUAUAAAUUAAAAGAUAGAAUUUAAGAUAAAUCUCGAUCCGAAAUAGGAAAGAGUAAAAACCAACCUCGGCUACUAAUAUGAGUUCAGAUUUCGAGUUCGAGUCUUUUUAGUACGAAUUCUCCUUUGUUAUGGCACGCUUGACCCCAAUGUAAGAUUUUCAGAUAAAAACGAAUUUAGUUAAGCUUCCAUAUGAAAAUCAAACAUCUAGCGGGAAAUCUCUAGAAAAAAAAGAAGUUACCUCGGAAUAUUUGCACUACUGUCAAAGGUUAGGGGGUGUAAGUGCAAAUUGCUAGAAGAUUUUGGAUUUAUAAAUAAAAAUAUAUUCUCUUGAUCACGUAUGCACAAGGAGAAAAAGGGCUAUGCCGUGUUUGGAUGACGGAAAUUGUGAAUUAGGGGAAAAUCCAGUUGUUUACUGUAACGAAAGUAGGUCAGUUUUUACAGCAGCAGUUUCCUCAGAGAUGGCUGGGAGGUCGACACGUUUGAAAACACAGGUAACUGUGCAGCAGCGAGAAUCCCAGUGUAGAGCUAAGUGGACAACAUCUCUUACUAUAAUAUUGGUGGGGUUGAUGGUAGACGAAGUUCAAGGAGGGCAUAAACAAAACAAGUCUUUUAGCAAGAAAGGUUGGAAAUGUAUUUGUGAGGAGUUUCAUAAAAGAACCGGUCUUACAUGGGAGAGGGAACAAUUGAAGUAUCGAUAUGCUGCACUAAGAAAGCUUUUUGCUACUAUGAAAUUGCUACUUGAUCAUACUGAUUUCAAAUGGGAUGAAACUACAGGUUUAGUGACAGCAACAGAUGAAGCUUGGGAUCGGUACAUGAAGGAACAUCCAGAUGUGGAGACCAUAAGGAGCACAGGCUGCCCGUUUUACAAGGGACUGAGUGUGAUAUUUGCAGAUUCUGGAAGUAGAGGUACAGAUAAUGGAUCUACUAUGCACAAGGACCGUCUUCCCGGUUCAUCAUCUCAUCCUCAACCUCCUACACUGUCCCAGGAAGAGUUGUCAUAUUCAGAGUCUGAAGAAGGUCCUGAUUCCAAUGAGCAAGAAAUCGUUCAAUCUGUGAGCUCACCUACUGAUACUGUUCGAAAGAAAAGGCAUAAGGGGGUUGAUGGUGCUAUUGCAAGAGCUAUAUCAGAGAUGGCUGCUGCUUCAAGACUUAGAGCUUCUGCUGUUGAGAAGUGCAGUGACAAGUUCACCAUAACCGACUGUAUUAAAGCGUUGGAUAAAUUGGAAGGUGUCAAUGACCAAGUAUAUUAUGCUGCUUUGGAUCUCUUCAACAAUCAUGCAGCUAGGGAGAUUUUCUUAUCUCUCAACGUUGGGAAGCGGCUUACCUGGUUGACUGGCAAAUUGUCUGGUCCUCCCUAAUUUAAAAAAUAAGUCCUACUAAUCUUGUUACAUUCAAGUAAGCAACCAUCUCCUAUCUCAAGUAGUCAUUUAUUGGUUUUUACAGAGCUGGAAGCUUCAUGUAUAGACCACAUUAUUUCUCCUUUUUAACAACUAGGGGUAAGAAUAUAUUUCAGAAUUUGGCAACUGUUAGAUUAAAUUUUGGCAGGAGUUAGAAAUUGCUGCACAAGGGAGCAUUUUGUUAAAAAAUUGAGCACACUCAUCCUGCAUUCGGAUGAUUGUUUCAGUGUGGAA